GACACAUGACAGGGCCUACCAUCCCAUUUUCUUUCCAUCUUCCCCACUGCUCUUUCUCACCUCUUCUUUAAAUAUCACUUUUAUUCUGCAACUCUCCCUGAUCUCCAUUAAUACCAUCACCCAACUUUAACAGACAUUCACAUUUCACUGUCCAAAUCCCACCAUUUAAGCUUUUGCACAGGCAGCAUCCCAACCACUGAUCUACAUUAGCUCAUCUGAAACAAGAAAAACAAAUGAAGAUCGCUUCACUGUUCAAGUCCAAAGAGACAAAGCUUCCUCAUCCAUGGCAAACAUGGGCUCAUCCCUGCAAGCAUCCCAAGACUCAUUCUCUCAGGUUUGAAGAUGACAUUUUCAAGACUGUAAAUUCUGUGUAUUUUGAUCCUGCUGAUGGGGUUGAAACGCCUGAAUCCUGGUUCACAAACUCGUCGGAGACUGGUAGCUUGUCAACUGAUCAGUCUGAGCACUUUGACGGACAAUCAUUAGAGGUGGUCGUACGUGGAGUGAAAUCAGAGAGACUCUUCUUUGAGCCUGGUGAAACGAGUUCAAUACUAGAAGAAGCAAAGCCUAGUGGGUUUCCUUUCAAGGAAAGUGUAGUUUUAGCAAUGGAGUCUGAGGAUCCAUAUGUUGAUUUCAGGAGAUCAAUGGAGGAGAUGGUGGAGUCUCAUCAACUUAAAGAUUGGGAAUUUUUAGAAAAGCUACUGGUAUGGUAUUUGAAGUUCAAUGGUAAAAAGAAUCAUGGAUUUAUAGUUGGAGCAUUUAUUGAUCUGCUUGUUGGAAUUGAAGCUGCUGCUUAUUGUGAUUCUAAUACUAAUUUUUCCUCUGCUGUUUCUUCAUUUUCUUCAUCUGCUUUGUGUUCAUUUGAAAAUGGGUUUAAUGAGAUUGAGGAGGAAGAAGAUAUAGUAUAGUCUUAGUUUCCAUUGUAUAAUUUUUGUAAAUAUUAGUAGGAUCAAAGAGGAAAUAUUAAAAAAAAAAAAAAUCAUGAGAUGCUCUCUCCCUCUCUCUCUCUCUCUCCCACUUACAUAUAGAAAUCAUGAAUUCUCCCUUCUCUAAGAGUACCCAAUAUCAUUUCCACGC